AUGGCGGAAAUUACGAAGAUCGAUAAGCUAAAUGGCAAGAAUUAUCAGUCUUGGAAAUACAAUGUCAAGCUAGUUCUUAUGGAACGUGGCCUUUGGGGCUUUACACAAGAAGGCAAAGAAAUACCUCCUGACGAAGAUGCGACAAAUGCUGUAAAGAAUGCUUUCCAGUUGCGAUCAGAUAAAGCCUACUCUCUGAUUGCCUUAAACGUCGAGAAACACUUGCAAAUACACAUUUCGAGUACGACAGAUCCUUUAGCAGCAUGGACGAACUUGAAAAAACAAUUUGAGUUUGUAUCUGUUACCCAAGUCGUGCGUUUGAAUCGUAAAUUCUACGCAGCCACCAUGGAAGAAGGUGGAGAUCUUAUGAAACACCUGACCUAUAUGACAUCAUUGGCAGAACAACUGCGUGAAAUGGAAGAAGAUAUAUCAUCAAAGAAAUUCGCUACUGUGGUGCUAGGGAGUUUACCCGAAUCGUAUGAUAAUCUCCUCACAAGUUUGAAUGCGAGAAAAGCUGAAGAGUUGGAAUGGGACAAUAUAAAGGGAUUGUUAAUAGAAGAGUAUUUGAAGAGAAAGGAAAAAUUUGAGAAUAACAAGAGUGACAAUGCAUUGCUUACAAACAGGAAGUCAUACAUGAGCAGAGGAAGAAAUUAUGAUCGAAGAAGACAUGGUGAACAUUCUAGAAAUUGGACUCCUGUAGACUACAAGCCAUCAUGGAACACCAAUAAAGGUGGGGAUACAUUGACACCAGCAGCACAACAACAACGUGAUGGAAGAGCAAGAAAUAUUUUAUGCUUUAAGUGUAACAAAGCUGGACACAUCGCCAGGAACUGUCCACUCAACUAUAGAAAAGGUGGAAACAAAGGGGAACAUUCGAAGCUUGCGGAAGGUGGUGGAGUAGCACUGAUUUCAAGCACAGGAAAUUCAAAUGAUUGGUAUGUGGAUUCAGCUGCGACAAAGCAUAUGACAAAUCGCAAGGACCUUAUCAUCAACUACACUCAAUACCAAACACCGGUGAAUAUUUAUUUGGGUGACAAUACCUGUAUCAAAGCCCUGGGUGAAGGAAUGGUUAAGCUAUAUACUCAAAAUGACAAUACAUUCUAUUUGGAGUUACACAAAGUAUUGUAUGUGCCGAUGUUAGCAAAAAACCUAUUGUCUGUGCCUGCAAUGGCUUCAAUGGGAGCUAAAGUGUCAUUCGAUGACGAAAAAUGUGUUGUUUACAAAGAAGAUAAAGAAUACGUGAUUGGUAAAUUGGUAGAUGGUAUGCUGUAUACUGUUAAUCCAGUUGAAUUUGCCCAUCCUACAACUGAACCCUUGGAUAUGUGGCACCAGAGAUUUGGUCAUCUAAACAAUGGAUAUGUUAAUCAACUGAUGAAGAAUGAUAUGGUCACCGGAAUGAUGUAUGAUGAAAGUAAACAAGUGGAGAAAGAUUGCAAAGGAUGUUCAAUGGGAAAGAUGCAUAAGAAUCCCUUUCCAAAAGCAAGUCUACAUAGGGCAAGCAGACCUUAUGAAAUCAUACACACUGACAUGUGUGGACCAAUGCAAGUUGAGUCGAUUGGCGGUAGCCGUUAUUUGGUCACAUUUACUGAUGACUAUUCCAGAUAUGCUGUUGCUUACUUUAUUAAGAAGAAAGAUGAAGCACUUACUAAGUUCAAGGAGUUUGUGAAUUAUGUUGAAAAUCAAAAUGGAAAUCAUAAUAAAGUGAAGAUUCUGCGCAGCGACAACGGCGGUGAGUACAAAUCGAACAGUUUCUCCAAAUUCUGUACAGAGAAGGGCAUUGUCCAACAAUUCACUUGUCCUUACACCCCUGAACAAAACGGUGUGGCAGAAAGAUUAAACCGUACGAUUUUAGAAUCUGCAAGAUCCAUGAUAUAUCAUGCAAAUUUUCCCCUAGUCUUCUGGGCUGAAGCGUGCAAUACAGCCGUGUACCUACAUAACCGAAGUCCUACAGUUGCAUUAAAGGACAAAACCCCUCAUGAAUGUCUUUUCGGUGAAAAACCAGAUGUUUCUAAUCUUAAAGUCUUUGGAUGUAUGUGCUAUGUUCAUAUCCCGGACAGUAAUCGUAGAAAAUUAGACCAAAAGUCUUAUGAAGCUAUAUUUGUUGGCUAUCCUACUGGCACAAAAGGAUACAAAGUUUAUGAUGUUAAAAGAAGAAAGUUCAUGAUAAGUCGAGAUGUUCAAUUCUUAGAGAAGAAAUUUCAUAAUUUUGAGAACCCAAAGAAUGACUUUGUGUUUGAGCAGAAAGAGAGAAUUGAAGUUCCGGAUGAUGAAAAACAAACUGUUGAGUUAUUUGAUCUAGAUAGAGUUGAUGAACUUGAUGAUCAAACCUUCAACGAAGAUCAGGAUGAGUUCAGAGUGGAUCCUGUUGUUGAAACAAACAUUAACUUGAAUGAAACCAUGGAGCAACCCGUUAAUCCCGAGAACGACGAACCAGUGGGAGAAAGUGAAACCCUAUCUACUUCGAAAACAUACGAAGAGCGGUUUAUGGAAAACGUGAAAAAUUUAGGUCCUGUAAGACAGCGUAUGAUUCCGAGUAAGUUCAGAGACAAUGCAUGUCCAGUAGUCGAGUCUUUAACAUCUGAAGUUGAUGAUCCAGAAAGUGUCCAAAGAGCGCUGAAUGGGAAGUAUGCGAAGGAAUGGAAAGACGCGAUGAUCUCAGAAUAUUCUUCAUUACUAGAAAACGAUACAUGGGAAUUGGUUCCUCCCUGUGAUGAUCAAAACGUAGUCGGAUCGCGGUGGGUGCUAAAGGUAAAGCGGAAAGAAGACGGGUCAAUUGAUCGUUUCAAAGCGAGAGUUGUAGCUCAAGGAUACUCCCAAACAAAAGGAGCUGAUUAUGACGAAGUAUUUUCCCCCGUGGCCAGACAUACAUCUUUACGUACAUUACUGGCAUUAGCCAACGAAUAUGAUCUCGAAGUCCACCAAAUGGAUGUUCGAACUGCUUUUUUAAAUGGCGACAUUGAUUGCGACAUUUAUAUGCAACAACCGGAAGGUUUUGUUAAUCCAGACAAACCAGAUUAUCUUU